GAGGCGCGCCGCCGCCUGCCCGCUUGCCGCGUCGCCCUCGGCUGCUCGCGCCCGGCCCCCGGUCUCCCUGUCGCGCUCGGCCCCGAGGGCAUGCGGCAGCAGCAGGGGUCUACGCUCCCGGGCUCCGCGGCGCGGGCGAGCGUGAGCGGUGAGUGGGUUCCCGGAGGGGCGGCCGGCCGGGGCGCAUGGGGAGGCUUUUCGAGGUUGCCUGGCGUCCAGCCCAGGCCCCAGACCCAUUCCGAGUACCUGGGACAGCCUUCUUUGGGCGGUGUGUGGCGCAUCUUGCCCUUUCCGCCUUCUUUUAAAUUUUUUUUUUUAUUUUAGGAGGGAGAAGCAGUCGGGAUGCAGAAUCCGCGUAGCGCCCGCCCCAGCUGUGGGCUGGUGGGCUGGGCGCAGAGGAGCGCAGAGCGGGGCGCAGGCUCCGCUCUGCUUUUGCACAGGUGCUUCUUUUCCAAACUCGGUUUUACAGCCGUCGAUGGUGAACUGAGGUUCUCUCGUGGAGCCUAGGGAUAUAACAUUUUCCAGCCUUCAGUUACUCCCUAGCCUGUGGUGUGUUAGGGAACAGCUCGAACCAAGCAAGGCAUCCAAAGAUUCGGGAAAUGGUUAUUACGAAUUAACUAGUGACACUGUUGGGGGUUGUGCUUUGAGAGUAAGUGACGGUCCCCGCGGUCCCCCUCUCACUACCGGCAGACAAAAGUGCUUUGUUCUGUAGCAGCGUUACUUUAUUGCUUUCCUUCAACAAGUUGCGACUACCUAAAAUGGCUUAGAAAUUUCUCCAGCAAGUACUUUGAGGAGUGACUGUGAGUAUUGGAAACAAUUUAGUCUUAUUAAGGUCAUCAUUUAAACUGCCCUCAAAAGCAUUUUUAAACUGAGUAUUUUCCACGAAGUGUGUUCCUGGUGCUUCGUUACUGUCAUUGUCGUACACUUCUCCCUCCUCACUUCUUUGCUGCCCUGAGUAUUACCUGGCCUUGGAACGUUACUUUAGAAGUUAAGGGCCUCUUAGCUUCUCAAGGUUCCUACUUGCUUUUUGUAAGUCAGAGAAUAAAGUAUAUGCCAAACAGGUGAUCUCUUUACAAGUCGCUUAUUAUUUCAUGCACUGCACAGCAUGUCAUUAAUGCAUGAACUUUUGUGUUGCCAAGGAGAGUUGUUGGGUUUUCCAGUGAACUACCUAUCAGUGGUUGCUAGCCCAGCUUACAGUGAGGAAUUGCAUCCAACUUUGUGUGGUCUGAGUCCUGGGAAUAGAGUUUUCCUCUUUUUUGAACAGAAGUGAUACAGUUAAAAACACACAACCUUGGCUCCACUAACACCAUGCUAGUCUACACAAACUGGGCCAUUCUAAAAAGACCAGCAAGCAAACCCUACCAGUGGGGUUUAUGUACUUGAGAUAAGCUUCUGGACUUGUUUCUUGUGACAUGAGACUGUAUGACUGUAUCAUGUAGGGACUGGACAUCCAAUCAUCUGGAUGUAACUUAUAUUGAUUGUUACUACCAGGUAACUAGGACAAUCGAUUAUUUUGGCACAUUUUCAGGUUUUCUUUUGUCUUUAGAGUUCAAAACUUUGUAGCUUCGAUUAAACGAGAAAUAACACAUUUCUUUUCUAAAUCUGACAAAUGCAUAAAUAGUAGUUACCAGCCUCUUUAUAUCGUUAGAUCAGAUCUAUUUUAGGUAUCUGGCUGUUUUACAAGAUGUUUUAUAGAACAGAUCUGCAUAUGUUUUCUCUGAAUGAAGACUGAAAUGAAAACAUUCCAAUAUGGGAUUAUUUUCAUGUAUGUCCAUCAGAGCCUACUUGAAAAUCUACAUGCUGAUUCUCUCUCAUUUUUCCAAAAUACACAGGCACAGAGGAACCACUGCACACACAGCAUUGUAGCCAGGCAGCAGUCAAGGUACACAUUCUCAAAGUGGUGUACACAUGCCCAAGGCUGGCUGCCUCUCCCCCAAGUUUUUCAUCUUGGAGCAGAAAUCCACCAUAACCUAAGCCCAGCGUCUUAUUUCUUUGGGCCGUGGGCAGGGGGAAUCACUGUAACUUGAAUGGGAAUUACUAUAACUCGAAUUACCCAUUAACCAUUCUCCUUGGACUGUACAUUAGUUCAAAAUGCUCUGUAGCCUGUGAUUAUAACCAGCAGAGUGGUUAAGUCUGAUUGCAAGGUUCUAAAUGGCAGAGCCCAGGCCUAAGGUAUUAUUAAUGUGGUGUAAAGAGAAGAGCAGGGCUUUGCAGAGAGACCAGGCUUUGUUCCAGGCCAGGCUUCGUAACCUUGUAUACUUUGCUUCACCUCUAAGCCUUAAUUUCCUUGUCUGUAAAAAUGAAGAUUAUAUCCACCUCCCAAGAUGAAAAGAGAAAGCACUUAGCAGGGUCUCUGAUAUACAGGAAGUAUUCCUUAUAUGUUGGUUGCCCUCUUUUCCUCCUAGAUAAAGUAUUGACAUUUCUAUAAACAUGGUGCAAAUGUACAUUGCAGUGGUGAGAGUGCAAAGGUAGAUUCCCAAGUCCUUGGUGAUUUAGAGAUGUUCUGCUCGCUUUCCUUACUUGCUUUCCUCCUCCCUUGCCAUGGUCCUUUUGCUCUUCCCUCCAUCAUUUCUCCUGCAGGUACUGAGCUGCCUCCUGUCUGGCCUUGCUGAUCCUUUGUCCCUCAUCCUGGAUUCUGUGUUUAUGUGGAGGAGACCCCUGGAACUUAGUUCUACCGUGGAUGGGAGAGAUGGAGGAUGUUCAGUUCUUCUCCACAAUGAAUGAGUGCUACUAUGAUAAGCAGAUGGACUUUUUUUAUAAUAGGAGCAACACUGACACUGCCGAUGAGUGGACAGGAACGAAGCUUGUAAUUGUUUUGUGUGUUGGAACAUUUUUCUGCCUGUUUAUCUUUUUUUCUAAUUCUCUGGUCAUCGCAGCAGUAAUCAAAAACAGGAAGUUUCAUUUCCCCUUCUACUACCUGUUGGCUAACCUAGCCGCUGCAGAUUUCUUUGCUGGAAUUGCCUAUGUAUACCUGAUGUUUAACACUGGCCCAGUUUCAAAAACUCUGACUGUCAACCGCUGGUUUCUCCGCCAGGGGCUUCUGGACACUAGCUUAACAGCCUCCCUGACCAAUUUGUUGGUUAUUGCCGUGGAGAGGCACAUGUCAAUCAUGAGGAUGCGAGUCCACAGCAACCUGACCAAAAAGAGAGUGACGCUGCUCAUCUUGUUCGUCUGGGCCAUUGCCAUCUUUAUGGGGGCUGUCCCCACACUGGGCUGGAAUUGCCUCUGUGACAUCUCUGCCUGCUCUUCCCUGGCCCCCAUUUAUAGCAGGAGUUACCUCAUUUUCUGGAGUGUGUCCAACCUCAUGGCCUUCUUCAUUAUGGUCGUGGUGUACCUGCGGAUCUACAUGUACGUAAAGAGGAAAACCAACGUCUUAUCUCCGCACACAAGUGGGUCCAUCAGCCACCGGAGGACACCCAUGAAGCUAAUGAAGACGGUGAUGACUGUCUUAGGGGCCUUUGUCGUGUGCUGGACACCAGGUCUGGUGGUUCUGCUGCUCGACGGCCUGAACUGCACGUGGUGCAACGUGCAGCAUGUGAAAAGGUGGUUCCUGCUGCUGGCGCUGCUUAACUCCGUCAUGAACCCCAUCAUCUACUCCUACAAGGAUGAGGACAUGUACAGCACCAUGAAGAGGAUGCUCUGCUGCUUCUCGCAGGAGAAGAACCCAGAGAGGCGGUCCUCCCACAUCCCCUCCGUGGUCCUCAGCCAGAGCGACACGGGGGGCAGCCAGUAUAUGGAGGAUAAUAGCAACCGAGGCCAGGUCUGCAACAAGAGCAGCUCCUAGGCUUCAAUGUCCCUCUGCCUGGCCCAGCCUUCGUCUGGGAGAACUGUUCAGAAUGGUUACCUGUCUCCAACUAAGCCCACAUACAGUGUUAUUUGAGCCCUGAAUGAAUCAUUGGGAAUUUUUUUUUUUAAAUUGUUUUUCAUCAUUUAAAAGCAUGGGCAGGAAAGAGAGGAUACGAUGCAUUUAGAGAAAACGCACAGAAAGAGGGAAGGCAGCACGGUGGAUUCCUGCCUGACAUCCUGUGAACCCCUAGGAGCAUCGCCCACCAGGCCAUGCAUCCCGGGCUCUGCCACCAUCUUGUAGCCAUUCUCUUUGUGUUUCCAAAGGAUGCUGUUAAAGGGCUUAGGCCAAAAUAAAUAAAAAUGUUACUUGAGCCACCUUAUGUAGCUGCUUGGAAAGCCUAUGUAGUUCUUUCUGCAUGCAUUUGAAAUUUUAAAAAAUGCUUCAGCAGUGAUGUUUUUCUCCUCAAACAAAUCAUGGCCAGUAGCUAGGUGUUCAAUAGGAAUCUCAGAAUAACAAACCAGUCAGGGCUCCAGAUUAAUUUACUUGAUUUUUAACUGAAAGAACAUUCUGAGGAAAAAGAUUUACUUUGAAGUAAUAACAAAAAAGGUAAACGUUAAAAACUCUUCUUGCGGGAAAAAGAAAAAGAGGCUUUGAUGUGGUCCUCUCAGUGUGCGUGCGUGUGUAUACACACCUGUAUAUUUACACACUUCGAAUUUGUAUUUAAAGACAUCACAGACAGUGAUGGUGAAAUAAAUUCACUGACCACCCAGACUUUCCAGUCUAGGACUACAGUUGUAGAAAUGACCUGUUGUGCUCUAAAAUAGAAAGAGGUGAUUUGUUUGAAAACAGACAUUCAGCAGGGUAAAAAAAUAUAUUAGCAUGCGGACUGAGUUCCUUGCAUAUAGGAUCAAAUUUGAGCUUAAAUGAGUCUUUCCAGUUCCUUCCAUGCCACUGGUGACUUGUCAGAUUUAGUAUUUAGAAUAAUUUUCACACCUCAUAUUUUAUCCACAAUUAUUGACAUGUUUCCACUACUUGUUUUACUUGUGGAUUGAAGUUUGAUCUGGGUUCUAUUUAAAAGUUUUCUCCUUCAAAGACCUAGGUAGGCAACAUGAAAGGCAAGUCAGUAAGAAAAAAAAAAAAAUUUAUAUACAUAGGCUACUGACCAGAGUUUUCUAUGUAAAGCAUAUAGAGUAUCUUCUGAUUCUAAAAUGAGAAUAACUUCAAGGCAGAUAUUAUAGUAUUUAUGUAGUUUGCAAAAGAAGUUUACAUUUUUUUUUUUUUGCUAUUGUGGUGUAACAUUUAUGUGCAAGAACUACUUGUAAUAAAAGGAUUUGAGAAGUCAUGCUUUUAGAUAUAAUGGCCUAAAAUAGAGAGUAGUAUGAUUUGAAGGUAUAGAUUUCACAAACUGUGUAAUAAGUGGGUCUAUCUGAAGCUUAUACCAAAGCUACCUAUAAAAUAAAAUAA